AUGGGAAGGUGUAUCCCCUUAGCUAAGGAGUUCAUCUCUAGCUUGCUUCAGAAAAAUCCCAGCGAUCGUCCAAGCGCUUUGGAGGCAUCCAAGAGCGAAUGGAUCAGAACCUUCGUGACCAUACAGGAACCCAAGCCUGAUUUGAUAGACUCGGGCCUGCUGGAGAUCCUUUGCCAAUUCGCGAAGGAGAGCGACGUGAAGCGAGCGGCCCUCAGCCUCGUAGCCUUCAGUAUCAAUCCCAAGGUCGUCUGCGAUGCUCUAGCUGACGAGUUCCGUUCACUCGACUUUGACGAGUCUGGCACAAUACGUCUGGGGGAUCUCACCAAGGCCCUUACGGAGCGGCUCGGGUUAGAUGCUGUGGAAGCGGAAAAGAUCUUCCGAAAGCUCGACCAAACUGGCGACGAAGAAAUCCAUUAUUCGGAAUUCCUCGCAGCGUGUUUGCAACAUCGUAUCACAUUGACAGAGCAAGACGUUCGGGAUGCUUUCUAUCGUCUCGAUGUGGACAACUCGGGCGUUAUCUCGCUGAGUAACCUGCGUAAUGUCCUGGGUGAUCGCUUCUGUGGAACUAGAGUGGAGGAUCUCAUCAAAGAGGCUGAUGCCAACAAUGAAGGGUAUAUCACAUACGAGUCCUUCAGGCAUACUUUAUUGGACUCGAAAGACGGCGGCUCAUUCACCUUCA